AUGUCAGGAUGGUUGGGCACAGCCUUGGCUUCCACCCUUCCUAUCAACGUCCUGCGAAUUCUGCGGUUAGUACGAUUGGUGCGUGCAGCGCGCGUGGUGAUCUCUGUGCCGGAGUUCUACAUCCUGGUUUCGGGCUUCACUUCCUCCUUCAAAGCGAUUCUUUUUGGGUCUGUAAUGCUGGUGUGCAUCAUUAUAGUGUGGUCGAUCAUUGCGGUGGAGAUCCUACAUCCGGAAAAUGUGCAGAUUACGUACCCAUCCUGUGUCGAAUGCAAAUGGCGCUUCCAGAGUGUGUGGUCUGCCAUGCUGACUAUCUUCCAGCAGGUGGUUGCCGGCGACUCGUGGGGAGAAAUUUCGAUCCCUCUAGUGGAAAAGGCGUGGUGGACCAUCUUAUUCUUGUUUCCCAUCAUGAUGACCAUCUCUCUUGGGGCAAUGAACCUCAUCCUCGCAGUCAUUGUUGAGCGUGCAACAGAGGCUCGCGAGAAUGACCAGGUGAGGAAAGCUCAGAAAAAGGAUGCGGAGCGCGAAAGCAGUAUGGUUGAAUUGGCACUCCUGUGUGACAGCAUGGACUACGACGGUAGCGGCACGCUGUCUCUCGAGGAGAUGUUGAAUGGCUUUGACAGCAAUGCACAGUUUAAGGCUCUGAUGGAGCAAAUGGACAUCAUGCGUGAAGACAUG